UCCAACGCAGCCAGUCCCAAUCUGACCUCCAAGCACCGCGGAACCUGGCUGCGGGAAACCGGGAGAGAAUUCCCCCAGAAAACUAACUUUGACUCGGUAUCAGCGGCGACGGGCAGCGCGUAACGAGGCCCCCUCCUCUCUCCAUCUCCCCGGCCUAUUCCUCUCGUUUUCGGACUACUGCGGCUGUUUUGGUUUUUUUUUCCCCCAGAAGGAGGUGGACUCUAUCCGGGAAGCAGGGACGCUGGUGUGUGUACUUCCAUGUUGUAGCUUUUUUCCGUGUCGCUUUUGUUUGCAGCCCGGAGUUGAAGCAGAGUUUUGGGGCACGUCUCUGGCCGCGCUGACGGGAGAAGGGGCGCAGUCCACAGUGACAGUUAUAUGGAAGUUGUGGGCUGCAAAACUGAGAGAGGCAGUUGCACGUUGAGCACCGGAGCGGACAGGGCCAUGCUUUUCCACGGGAUCUCCGGGGACCACAUCCAGGGGAUCAUGGAGGAGAUGGAGAGGCGAUCCAAAAGCGAGGCGCGGCUCACUAAGGGCAUGCAGAUCAACGGCAGGGAGACGACCAUGCCUUCCAUGAGCCCGGAGAAGCCCGCUCUGUGCGCCGGCUGCGGGGGCAAGAUCUCGGACCGAUACUACCUCCUGGCCGUGGACAAACAGUGGCACCUCCGCUGCCUCAAGUGCUGUGAAUGUAAACUGGCCCUCGAGUCCGAGCUCACGUGCUUCGCCAAGGACGGGAGCAUCUACUGCAAAGAGGACUACUACAGAAGGUUCUCCGUGCAGAGGUGCGCGCGCUGCCACCUCGGGAUCUCAGCCUCGGAGAUGGUGAUGCGCGCGCGGGACUCGGUGUACCACCUGAGCUGCUUCACGUGCACCACCUGCAACAAGACCCUGACCACGGGAGACCACUUCGGCAUGAAGGACAGCCUCGUGUACUGCCGCCUGCACUUCGAGACGCUGGUGCAGGGCGCGGACUUCCACCAGCAGAUCAACUUCGCGGAGCUGGCGGCCAAAAGCGGCGGGCUCGCGCUGCCCUACUUCAACGGCACCGGGACCGCGCAGAAGGGCCGGCCGAGGAAGAGGAAGAGCCCCGCCAUGGGAAUAGACAUCUCCAGCUACAACACAGGCUGUAACGAGAACGACAGCGAGCACCUGGACCGCGAGCAGGCGUACCCCCCCACACAGAAGACCAAACGCAUGCGCACCUCCUUCAAGCAUCACCAGCUCCGCACCAUGAAAUCCUACUUCGCCAUCAACCACAACCCGGACGCCAAGGACCUCAAACAGCUGGCCCAGAAAACAGGCCUCACCAAAAGAGUUCUACAGGGAGAACAAUUCUUGGGGCAUUACAGCCAUACCACAUCCAGAAGUUUGAAAAUUCCCUAAACUAUUAAGAGAAUGGAUGCCAAUUCCUCACCAUUGAAGACAACACGUUAGAAUAAACAUAACUUUUCUCACUUUUAACCAUUUGAAUCCAUGACUGACCAAGAACUACCAUGUAACAUUCUGACGAUGCUCACAGUGUGCUCAGACUAUUGUAUGUUCAUGACAAAGAUGUAAUUUCUGGUGGUCGGACGAGUCUUUAAAACACAUGUAAACGACUUUCUCCCGAUGCUUCGCUAAAACUCUAACACAAAAUACAGAUUCCAUAACUUACACACACACACGAAUGCACAACCAACACGACACACGAACCAGCCUGCUGAAGUAGAGAUUUCUUUUGAGUAUGAUUUUUCCAAGUUUUCCGGCCUUCCUCGGAGAUCGGAGGAGAGAAGAGGACGAAGAAGAGGACAGUUGAACCAAAGCCGCAGUCGUCGUCGGGAAGAAAGAAAGAAAGAGAGCAAGAAAGAACGACAACAAAAGAGAAAAAAAAAUGAGAGAUGGAAAAAUAAUUUAAAAAAAAACAAAGAUAAAACAUUGUCAUUCUGCAUGCAACUCCAUCGCGGUGUUGGCGUUUUCUUAGAGGUGUGUGCCAUUUGCGUUUGAUUUAUUGUACCAGUGGAUGUCAGA